AUGAUCAUUUACAAGGACAUCCUCACCGAUGACGAGAUCAUCUCCGACUCCUACGACAUCAAGGAGAUCGACGGCGUUGUCUACGAGGCCGACUGCAAGAAGAUCUCCGUUGGUGGUGAGACCUUCGACACCGGUGCCAACGCUUCCGCUGAGGAGGCUGAGGAGGGUGCCGAUGACCAGUCCGAGACUAAGAUCGACGUCGUCUACUCUUUCCGCCUGAACGAGACCGGCUUCGACAAGAAGGGCUACCUGACCUACCUCAAGGGCUACAUGAAGGCUGUCAAGGCCAAGCUCCAGGAGAAGGGUGCUUCCGCCGACGAGAUCACCGCUUUCGAGAAGGGUGCUGCCUCUUACGCUAAGAAGAUCGUCGCCAACUUCAAGGACUACGAGUUCUUCACCGGCGAGUCUAUGAACCCCGAGGGCAUGAUCGUCCUCCUCAACUACCGCGAGGACGGUGUCACCCCCUACGUUACCGUCUGGAAGCACGGUCUCUCCGAGAUGAAGGUUUAA